AUGUUCCUUCAAGUUCAAGUGAGAGAAGAGGACCAGCCGGCUUUUCGUUUCCCGUGGAGACGGCCAGGAGAUGAAGGCCAAACCGUAGCAUACCAGAUGAUGGUAGAAAAUUUCGGAGCUGCUUCCUCUCCCACUUCUUGCACUUUCGUACUGCGUCGGACAGCAGAGGAUAACCCUGGGUACAGCGAUAUAGCGCACAAGGUGACUGAAAAUUUCUACGUCGACAACUAUUUAGACUCCUUCGACGACGCUGCCUCUGCCAUCGACUGUUGCCGACGGAUGGGAGAAUUGUUGAAAAAGGGUGGUUUUGAACUGACUCACCUGAUGACGUCUUCGCGAGAGGUGUGGCAAGCCUUUCCUGCUGAGAAGCGGGCUCAACCGGAGCUGAACGUGGAUUUGGACAACCUCCCUAUCGAACGAACGCUAGGGCUCCUAUGGCACGGAGAAACUGACACUUUUACGUUUUCAUUCAACAAGACGGACGGCACGGAGACCAAGAGGUCGAUACUGGCCGCAGUAUCGAGUGUUUUCGACCCGAUGGGGUUUCUAGCUUGUGUCACUCUGAUCUCCAAAAUACUACUACAAGAUAUUUUGCGGUAUGGACGAUACGACGGCGAAGCGGACAAGUUGAAGAUCGGAUGGGACGACCGCCUACCCGAGAGCCUGUUGAAACGAUGGUACACCUUCGCUGGAGAACUAAACGCCUUACAAGCUCUGCGAGUAGUGAGGAGCCUACGCCCGCUCGACUUUGACCCAGCUCUGACUACAUACCAACUACACACAUUUUGUGACGCCUCAACGCGCGGCUACGGAGCAGUCGUCUACCUGAGAGCACAAUGUAGGUCGUCUACAGCAGUGAGUCUAGUUACCGCCCGUGCAAAGGUGGCUCCAGUUCGGCAGCAAACAAUUCCGCGCCUGGAGCUAAUGGGUGCGAUUCUUGGAUACCGACUGGGAAUACGAACUAAGCGAACCUUAAAAGUGAAUAUUGACUCUGUAACUUGGUGGACAGACUCGAGCACAGUGCUUCAUUGGCUGCGUACCGAGGCCACACUGUAUAGUGCAUUCGUUGCAAACGGCAAGGAAGAAAUUCGUGAAGGGUCAAACUCAUCGGAGAGGCGCCACUUGCCGGGAGCGCAAAAUCCUGCCGACGACGGAAGCCGUGGAAUCUACGCUACAGAGUUAAACGCAGAUCAACGCUGGUUCCAGGGCUCCAGUUUUUUACGAGAGCAUCCAUCAAAGUGGCCAAUCAACAAUGGCCAGCUACCGGAGGGCCCGGAUUUGGAGGAAAUGCACCCCGUCCACAUAAGAGCAGUAACCGCCGCCGAGAGCAGAAUUGACCGGCUAAUUGAGACCUCAACAAGCCUUACAGCACUGGAAAGGAGCGUAGCAGAGAUGGACGGAUUUUCAGAGAAACCAACCGUAGCCCGAUUGUGA